UUGGCCAUCGGCAGCAAUGUCGCCGAAGAACCACAAGGGAAGGCUCUGGUCGACGAGUCCCUCAAGCAAGGCGUCAAGUUCUUCGUCUAUAGCUCCGUAGACCGUGGUGGAGAGGCCUCCUGGAACAAUCCCACCAAUGUCCCGCACUUUCUCAGAAAACACAACAUUGAGCAUCAUCUAGCGGAUCGCGCCAAAGGGAGCGGGAUGGAAUGGACCAUCCUACGUCCGGUGGCGUUUAUUGAUAACCUGGUUCCUGGAUUCCUGGGCAAGGUGUUUGUGACGGCUUGGGAAAUGGCCCUGAAGGGCAAGUCUCUUCAGGUAAUUGCAGUCAGUGAUAUUGGGCAUUUUGCUGCGGAUGCUUUUCUCAACCCCGAGGCAUACAAGGGCAAGGCGGUCUCGUUGGCUGGGGAUGAAUUGACGUUUGAUCAGAUGGUACAGGUCUUCCAGCAGAAGACUGGACAGCGUCUGCCUACUACCUUUCAGUUUGUAUGCUCUCUUCUCUUGGCCACUAUGAAGGACAUGGGUUCUAUGUAUCAGUGGUUUCAUGAUGAAGGCUUCGGUGUUGAUAUUGGCGAGCUGCGAAGGCAGUAUCCGGGUUUGAAAGAUGUCGGGGCCUGGCUGGAACAGGAGAGUAAAUUUGUCAAGGGCUAG